AUGGACUGCGAACAUCGUGUUAUAUUAAAUGUGGGAGGAAUUCGACACGAAACGUAUACUCAUGUACUUAAAAAAAUUCCAGCUACAAGACUUUCUAGGUUGACACCAAAUUUAGCAAAUUAUGAUCCUGUAUUGAAUGAAUAUUUUUUUGAUCGUCAUCCUGGUGUUUUUUCAAUGAUUCUAAAUUAUUAUCGGACAGGAAAGCUACAUUAUCCGACUAAUGUUUGUGGUCCUUUAUUCGAGGAUGAAUUAGAAUUCUGGGGUCUAGAUGCAAAUCAGGUAGAGCCAUGCUGUUGGAUGACUUAUACACAACAUCGAGAUACCCAAGAAACUUUGGCAGUUAUCGAAGGUUUAGAUUUGGAUGCCGAACCACCAACCCAGGAAGAAACUGCAAAAAAGUUUGGCUGGGAAGAUGAUUAUUACUCAGGCAAUUUAUCAAAAUGGCAGCAAUUGAAACCACAGAUAUGGGCGCUCUUUGAUGAACCUUGGUCUUCUCAGUAUGCUAAGAUGAUUUCAUCUUCUUCUGUAUUUUUCAUUAUUUCAAGUAUUAUUUCAUUUGUUCUCAAAACACAUCCUGCAUUCCAGAUACCAUCAAUUACAGUGUCCUAUAAUAUGGAAAUUGGUAGCGAUGGUACCCAAUCGAUAGGUACCUUUAAGCAAUGCACCAGUGCACAUCCUACAUUCUUCUACAUUGAUCUCAUAUGCAAUAUAUAUUUUAGCAUUGAACUUACAAUUCGUGUGAUAUUUGCGCCAUCUUUACAACGAUUCUUCAAAUCACCGAUAACAGUUGUUGAUCUAUUAGCAACAGGAUCAUUUUAUUUGGAUUGGCUGGUGACCAGCAUUAUAAGUGAUCAAACUAGCUCAGAUUCUAUCGAUUUCCUAUCAAUAUUAUGUGUUCUAAGGCUAUUCAAGCUAACUCAACAUUUCAGUGGGCUUAAAAUACUCAUACAAACAUUUAAGGCAUCUGCACAAGAGCUAUUAUUACUUGUAUUUUUUGUGUUAUUAGCAAUUGUUAUAUUUGCUGCACUUGUAUAUUACGCUGAACGAAUUGAAAAUAAUCCGGAAAAUCAGUUCACUUCUAUACCUGCCGGAUUGUGGUGGGCAAUUGUAACGAUGUGCACAAUUGGAUUUGGUGACAUGGUACCUAAAACUUAUUUGGGUAUGUUAGUUGGCUCAUUAUGUGCUCUUAUGGGUGUAUUAACUAUUGCAUUACCUGUGCCAGUUAUCGUUGCUAAUUUUUCCAAUCUUUACUCUCAUUCACAAGCUCGUGCAAAAUUACCAAAAAAGCGAAGGCGAGUGUUACAAGCUCAUGAAAUUAAGACAUCACUUAUAUUUCCCAAAUCAAUGAAGAAAUCACAAUUAGAAGGAAGUAAAGUUGCUUAA